AUGUCUACUGCAAUUCAAACCAUCGGAGGAAAGCAGAUCAUCCGCCUGGGUUCACCUCUGGUAGUGGGGAUUCGUGUGCAAGGUACGAUAGGCUAUUCCUCACUGGACAGCCCUCACGCAGUUCAUAUUAAACCCCGCCCGUACUUACGCUAUUUAGCGGAUACACUCAGAAAUCUUCACUGUGAUGUGAGUCUUUUGUUUAAUCCGAUUGGAAUGUGUUGUAUGGAGCAGGAUUAUCAUCCAAUUAAGCAAUUUACCCAAGGUCAUUUCCCGCUGCCUUUUCGUUGUCUAUUCGACGAAAAAAACCCCAACAAUCUGUCAUCAAACAACCGUUUUAAACUGACCUCGCGAAAUUACAACGAUUACUUUCGUUUGGUUUGUCAAGAAGCCCAAACGAACCCUGGACGGGUGAUUGUAAUAGAUUCCGAAAUCAAUUAUCGCUAUACCUCCCCGCAAGUGCUCAUUGUGGAGGCUUUUGAGCCUCGCCGGAAAAGACAGGUGCGGGGGUCCGGCGGAGGUUCGCCGACUUUGGAGAAUUUACCCCUCUCUUCUCAGCAGCGGCGCCGUGAGACAUUCCAAGCUGGGAUAACGCAUAUCUUAUCCGAUAUCGAAACCAACACGUCGGCCUUGCAAAGAGAAGGUGAUCAAGAACGUAAAAAAUGUGGUGAGGAUUAUGAUAAGAUAAGAAGGUAUUUUGAGGAGAAAGGUUCGUCGCCGAUGGUUCCGAAUCGUAGCGCGUCUUCAAAUCAUUUUCUCUCCUCUUUAAGGGAGAAGAGCGAGCUUGACAACGGAGGGGGUGUGGUUGAGCGUCGUAUCGAAUCAAAAAAAUUAAACUACAUGAGUAGAGUAAGAGAAUUGUUUAAAUCGAAAACUCCGCUUGCGACCGACAGCAUCGAUUUCGACUGGAAGCCUUCCACAAAAGUAACGCACUAUAAAGAAGGGGAGGAAACCAAUGGCAGCGAUACAACUAACAAGAAUUAUAGCGAACAUGUUCAAAAGGAAAAAGAAAGGUUAUCCUCAUCUUCUUUUGAUAUUUCAACAAUGACAAACCUUGCAAUUAAUAAAGAAGAUUUUACGCUCGUGGCGUUGGCGGAGAUUAUAACGGAGCUCGCUGCUAGUGAGAGUAGCGUGAUCGAUUACUUCAAGAAGGAGGUCUUAGUCGAGAAGAUCAACGUUCCAGCGCAUGGAAUUAUUAAUUACUUACCCAUUGAGAACUGCGAUUAUAUCAACAUGCUCGAUUGGGAACAGGUUCGUGUAGAAGAAAGGCAAAGAAAUGAGGGAAAUGAAAUGCCGGAGGUGCAGGAAAGAGAGGAACAUAAAGAUCUGUUUAAGUGA